AUGGGUUCCGAUGAUGACGAGAAGCAUAUGGAGAACCACCAACACGAGUUCUCCCAUGACAACCAUGACGACUGGGAGACUCAGCCUCCGUACACAAGACCCGAUGACGCUACUAAAGAGCGAGAGAAUUUUGAGAAAAAAGUCCACGGUUCCUGUCAUUGUGGACAAGUUCAGUAUUGGCUGAACAGCGACAAGCCACUUGCAUCUAAGUUCUGCCAUUGCGCUCCUUUCCAAUGGGCUGCUAUUUUCAAAAAGACCGACAUCUCGUUUGAGAACGGUGUUAAGGGACUUCGUUUCUACAAGACUUCAUCCAAGAAGAACGAGCACGUUCUUCCUUGUAAGGUUGGUUGCUCCGAGUGUGGUAGCUGGAUCAUGGAUGAGGGACGAAACAUGGUCUUACUAUUCCCUACGCUGUUGAACCUUGAUACACCUCAACUGCGUGAGAACUUCCAGCCUCAGUGCCACAUCUUCUACGCCUCACGUGUCGUCGACAUUCCCGAUGGAAAGGACAAGUGGACAAAGCUCGAUAAGAAAAGCGAACUCAUGGAGGAUGUGGAGUAA